GUGCGCUGUGUCCCUCGGACACAGCAGAUCACCGAUCACAGAAAGAGCUGAAGAUGUUGGCUCGAUCAUGUGAUCAGCUGUGUCCAAUCACAGCUGAUCACAGAUCAUCAGGGCACUGAUGAUCAGUGUGCCCUGAUGAUCAGUGUAGCCCCAGCAGUGCCACCUGUCAAAGUCCAUCAGUGCCAGCUGUCAGUGCUGAUCAGUGCCACGUGCCAGUGCCUAUCAGUGCCACAUCAAUGCCACAUAUCAGUGCAUACCAGUGCACAUCAAUGUCAAAUAUCAGUGUCCAUCUGAGCUGCCUUUCAGUGUCAUCCAUCAGUGCCAGUCAGUGCCACCUAUCAAUGCCAAUCAGUGCCACCUAUCAGUGC